AUGUGGCAGUCCUACGGCCACCCCUGCGACGCGCAGCAGCUGCUGCAGCGCCCCGCCGGCGCAGAGGUGCCGGCCUGCACCCUGACGGCGCCCUUUGCGGGCGCCUGCAGCGGCUGGCGAGCCGCACCGCAGACCGACCUGUAUGGGGACCUGCGGAAUCGCCAGGACGACGCCGGCGGCGGCAGCAGCAGCAGCACCAGCCGCGGCGGGAGCAGCAGCGGCGGGAGCAGCGGCAGCGGCGGUAGCAUCAGCUCGUCCCAGACGGCAGUGGACGAGGGUUUCUCGGCCCUCGAAUGCGCCGAGCGCCUGCCGCGCCGAGCGCGCCGGGGCUGCGGCCUGGGCGGCGGCGGCGGCAGCGACGAUGAUGAUGAGGAUGACAGGCCGUCAAGAGACCACCUCAUGUCAGCGUGCGGCGGCGGGCGCGCCGCCGCCGCCACCGCCGCCGCGCUCGGCCCCGGGUCGGCGCCCGCGCGGCUGCUGUGCGCGCGCGUGAGCGUGUACACCGAUGCCAGCAGCCCCGCGGCGCUGGCGGCGGCGAACGGCGUGAUGGCGCGCAUCCGGCUGCCGGGCGGCGUGCCCUAUGAGCCCGUGACCCUCGGCUCAGCCGAGUUCCAGAUGGGCGUGAUGUGGCACUUCCCCGCCUUUGCCGUGACCCUGGGCGCCUCCAACUUCCGCCGCCUGCUGGCCGCCACGCCGCACCUCGCGCGCGCCGCGCGCCGCUGUCCCGCGUUCGCGGGCGUCUGCAUGUCCCUGCCCGCGGACACGGCGGCGCCCAGCCAGCUGCCGCCGCUUUCAGAGGAGGAGCUGUUUGUGACGAGCGCCUCCCUCCGCUCGACCCAGUUCACCUGCAUCUUCCUGGCCACGAAAGUGGCUGACCAGGUGCACGCAUCCGGCCUGCUGCGCUUCAUGCUCAACGCCAUCACCGGCCAGCGUGAGCGCCGCGGUCUGCAGGGUGCCGCGUCGGCAAUGCGCCUGCACUCUUUGGGCAGCUGCGGGCAGGGCGCCCGUGUCGUGGCAGGCCCCGGCGUGACGGGUGCCCCGUGGCCAGCCGCGCGACAGCCAGGCGCAGCCGUUUCCUCGGAGAUGGCGUCCGAGGUUGAGCUGCGCUGCCUCGAGGGCCUCAACUGGCGGCUGGGGCCAUACUUCUCAGAGGACCCCAUGGGCGGAGACGACGCUGACCUGGCGGCGCUGCUGGGCGGGCACGGCACCGCCUGA